CUCUAUCAUUGCCUUCAGUGUGUCCACUCAAGAUGACCGCUACCUACCCAUGUCCGGGAAUCAGAGUGGUCAGAGGUCCCGACUGGGCGGGGAGAGAUCAAGAUGGCGGUGAAGGUCACGUGGGAACGGUUGUGAAGAUAGAGGAUUCUGAUUGGGCAAAAGGCAAAGUGUCCGUUAUCUGGGACAGUGGCCGAGAGUUCCAGUACCGGGCAGGAUAUGAUGGCAAGUUCGAGCUGCUGGUGUUUGACUCAGGUCCUACAGGAGACCAAGUGAAAGGCGCCCUGUGUGAUGGAUGUGGAGAAGUUAACAUUUCAGGGAUGAUAUGGACGUGCUCGACAUGCACGAACUUCAUCCUGUGCACCCUUUGUUACAACACAGAACGCCACGACACAGACCACGCCUUCCUCCGCAGUCUCACCAUCAACUCACCACUGGUGCGCGUGCCGCCUCGUUCUGGCGCUCAACGAAUACGUGCUAUUGGUCUAUUCAAGAAUGCAAAGGUCAUUCGUGGACCACACUGGAAAAAUGAAGAUCAAUACGGUGGAGAAGGAACCACCGGGGACGUCGUACAGCUCGGGGCGUGGUCGGGAGUGUACAGUCGUGGGGCUGUCAAUGUGAGGUGGAGGGGAGGACAGGACAGUCUGAAGUCAUACCGUAUAGGAGCCCAGGGCAAGGUAGACGUCAUAACAGUGGACGAGACUCAAGGCUGGAGUUACUACAAGGCCCAUCUCCCGGUGCUCGAUGUUGUGAAUCCCACUGAAUUUCGCCUGGAGGUUGGGGACAAAGUGAAAGUAGAGGUUGACGCAGAUAUAUUUGAACGCACGCACACGGACUUGACUGUUUAUCGUGACAGCAUGUCACAGUGUUUGGCAGAGGUUGGUACUGUCAUCGGUCUUCCCUCUCCAGACCGAAAGAUCAUUGUUGCACAUGUACAGUACCCAGAUGCUGAGAAGUAUGGUCUGGUGAAGUCGACUUUGACAAGGCUUCACACGUUUGCUGUCGGGGACGUUGUGAAGAUUACCAACAACUACAACGCUGCCGUGGAUCUCCAGAACGGACAUGGCGGAUGGAAUGACAAAAUGGAAAAUUGUCUCGGAAAGACCGGCCAGGUGGUUGAGAUCGACAAGGACGGGGAUCUGAGGGUGGCCUUUGGGCCAGUCAAGUGGUUCUUCAGUCCCGUCAGCUGUGAUCCUCAGGACGGAGAGGCCUUGUCAGGGUUCGGCAUCUCUUUCGGGGCUAAUAAAAGCACCAGUUCAGACUCCUCUACAUCUGAUGUUGAUGGUACUUAUAAAUCUGCAUCAGCAGACAUAGCCGAAGGUGUGGCUCAGGUUCGGUUAGGCCCUCUGAAGCCUGGAGCGAGUGCUCUGUUCAAGCCCAACGCAUCAUCCAGCAGCACCAUAACAGCCCGAGGCCUCGUCAUCGCUGUCAGCAACGGCGACACGGAAACAGUGAAAAACAUUGUCAAGUCUAUUGGUGACAAGGUGAACGAAUCAGUGGAUGGCCUGACGGCAUUGCAGACGGGGUGUUACAAAGGUCAUGCUGACAUAGUCAAGCUUCUGAUCGGUGCUAAGGCUGAUCUGAACAAAGCCGACGAUGAAGGAGACACACCUCUGCACUAUGCUGUGUCAGGAGAGCAGCCCAUUGUGGUAGGGAUACUGCUGGACGCCAAGGCACGGGGCAACACGAAGAACAACAAGGGACUGACACCAUUACAUCUGGCAGUGGCCAAGAAGGACCCCAGCACCUGGUGUCUGAAGGCACUCAUACAGUACAAGUGUGAUCCCAACACACAGGAUGAAGAUGGAGAUACGCCCCUUCAUGAUGCACUCAGAACCCAUAACCAGCAUCUUCUUGAUCCCUUCCUGGAGUGUGCCCAGCUGAAUCUGAGACUCGCCAAUUCUAAAGGCAGCAACCCUUUCCAUGAAGCAUGUGUGUCGCUCUCUGGGGCAACAGAAUUUCCACAAGCACUGAUAAAGAGAGAUCCGAAGAUCGUCAACGUCCCCAUGAACAACGCCCUCACCCCGAUACACAUCGCAGCAUUCCGGAGUUUUGUGGCCCUGGCAGGUGUCCUGGUGAAGGCUGGCUGCAAUGUCAAUGAUCGGGACGACAACGGCAAGACAGCUCUUCAUAUGGCUGUACAAAGAUGUAAUCUUCAGAUUGUGCAACUGCUCCUUGAAUCUGGGGCGGAGAUCAACGUCCAAGACCAGGAAGGAAAUUCUCCUCUACACGCCACCCACAUGGACAGCACGCUGCCCGGAGCUGAAGGUCCAAAAGACGCGGAUUUGGCCCUUGAAAUUCGAUGUCAUCUUGUAGAACGAGGAGGGGACAUCAGAUUGACGAACAAAGCCGGGAAGACACCUCUAGAUUUCGUGAAGAACAAGGAAGUGCGAGUAAUGUUGGAGAGAAUUUCAAAGCGACCCUUGUCCUCGUCAGUGAGCCAAUCAAAGUGUCUACCAGCACACUGGGAAGCCAUGGGACAGGAUGGGUUCCUGAAGGUGGAGCUGAGUGAGUCCAACCCGGUGACGUCCUUUGAAUACAGACAUGUUGAAUCAAAGGUGGAAGAAACGCUGUCCAAUAAGAGCAUCGUGUCCAUCUACCGUAUCCAGAAUGUCGCAUUGUGGGAACAGUAUACUGUCGCAAAGGUCAACAUGGAACGUGAAUACGGUCGGGGUCUUGCCAACGAAAAGCAACUCUUUCACGGAACCACACCAGACUCGGCUGAUCUCAUCCCGCACCAAAACAUCGACUUCCGGUUAGCCGGAAGUAGAGUAGGCGCCCUCCUUGGCCAAGGAGCGUACUUUGCUGUGGAUGCCAAGUACUCGGAUGGUUAUGCUAAAGAAGACGCCCGGCGUCACAAGUUCAUGUUUUUGGCUAAAGUUUUAGUGGGGAAGUCGAGGCAAGGGAACCGAGAGUUGAAGCGCCCCCCAGUGUUGGAUGCCAGCAACAAAACUAAACUCGCUGACUCAGCAUGUGAUAAGGAAACAGACCCGAGAAUCUACGUGCUUUUCAGCGAAGGUCAAAUAUACCCCGAGUAUCUGAUUGAAUAUCAUUAAAUCUCAAUUUAACGUGUGUGUAUUUAUCAGAGGGAUGGGGUGGGGGGUGGGGUUGGAGUGCCAGGACUGCACACAAGAAAUCUUCAGUAUAUCCUGCUCUUGCUGGCAGGAUUCAUUUUGUCUUUCUUUAGAUUCCUUAUCAAUUGACUCUCUACGUAAGUACCAUAUUUCUUUUAAUCUUAGACUUGUUGUAUCUAAAAUGUUCUCCAUGACUUCCGUAAAGGCAAAUUAACAGUCAUCGGCGAUCGUUACGUUUCAAGAGGUGUUUCAUCAUGCUGUGAUGGCGUAGUGAGUAAAUGAUUUGGCCAGUCAUACGUUCCUAUAAAUGGACGUAAUAUUGUGGGAUCUAUUUUAGUUCGAAAAUGCUCAUUUUAUAUUCUAAAAGUCUUUGCGAAACGUUGAAAAUGUUAACGGUACAGAUCGACGUACAUUAUAAACAUUGAAUUAUAUAAAUAUUUAAUUUAAUCCGAAAUCACUCACUCGCUUUUCUUGAACCUGGAAUACUGACCAACAGCGUACAAAGGACCACCAUCGGUUGGUUCUUUCAGGAAUGCGCCAGUGAAGAAUCACGCCACUUCUUUUUAUAUAUAAGCAUGUUAUUCUAGUUUAACCACGCCUGUUUUAAUUGAUGUGAGGAAACGUUACAUUUCAAACCUAUUUACCACGAGUUGUUUGUAAGGGAACUUGCUGAUAUUCUACUCACAAUGUCACCCUUUUUACAUGACGCUCAGUACUGAAAAUAAUGUUUGAGUCUGUUGUCAGUAGAAGGAGUAAGACAAAUGCAAUGUAUAAUUGGUGACUUUUUCAUUUCCAAUUAACUCAUAUCUCUGACUGUGUAAAAGUAUCUCAUGCGCAUGAACAUCCUAAGAAAAUCAGUCUUAACCGAGAUUUGAUGACAUAUUUCUGUCUAUUGGAAACUAUGAAUUUCAGUCAUACUUUGUGUUGAAUCCUACAAGUGGUUUUGUUUCGGAUUCAUAGAUAAUGUAUCAAGGAAAACAUUAAAAUAGUAGUUUGUUUAACGAAAUAUCAAUGCUACAAACAUGUUUCUAUUAUGUACCUUGAAUUAAACUACUGCUUCAAUAAAAUAUGAAUGUACUC